UAUUUCGAUAAACUCGAUUAGUGUUAAACAUUACUAGUAUUUUUCGAAGCUAGGAAGAAAAGAAAGCAAAGAUUUUGCAAACAACGAUUUUAUUUAACUUAAAAGAAAAGCUUUAGAAAAAUUAGUAUUGUGCAUAAGUUAAGAAGAUCUACAAUGCAAAUAUAUAAGUAUUAAACUUCAAUGGUUCAUGUACGUAGUGUUUAAAGGAAUAUAAAAAGUAAAGUGGUUUGGUGUGAAGAAGUGUAUCGACAGCGGCUUGCCUAGCGGAGCCCCAUUCUUGGUUAAAUUCACCGCAUUUGUUACACGUUGUAAAGCCUUUAAAUAAUAUAAUGAAUUCUACUGUAGUAAAGGCGGCGGUCGGAACAACUACAACAACAGCUGCUCAGUUGCUCAGCUCUGCACCAAGCGCUGCUGAAAAAAAUAAACAAUGGCAACGCGAACUGCUUAUGGAACGGAUACGUACGCGCUCCAAUCAACACAAAUCCUUUCCUGAACUGGCGAAGGCUAUGCGCAUGUCCAUGUUGGAGAAACGUUAUGCACUCGAUGCAGUGGAGAAGGCAAAUUUGCAAAAAUGCCUCGACAGCAUGCAACAUUGCAUUAAAGUAACAUCACGACAAGGGCUCGUUGAAAGGCUUGAGAGUCUUUCGCGCCAGUUGGGCCUCAAGUUCAUGGAAGAUACCUCGGGUUUGUUUAUAUCGACCGAUAUGUUCUUUUUGGAAAUUAUUUUGGACGCAAACGGCGCACUAACCGAUGUCAAAGUGCAUCAUGAAUGCAAAAUUGAACAACAAUCAUGCAGUGAAUUGGUGAACUGCUUGAAUCGUGGUGAUUUUGCCGAUUUCACUGUGCAGUUGGAGGGUCUAUCCUCCAUCUAUCAAUUGAAUGCAGAACCCAAAGUCAAAACCAAGGCUUUUGUUGCCUUACAAGCGAUGGAAACCGAUUUAUAUAAUCUCUUUCAAAUGCAGAAUUUCACAAAAGACUCGCAGCAACUAGUCAAAUCAUCUUCAGUGGGUUUAGUGCUUAAGCGACGUGGCGGUCAUCCAAUGAAACUCAUUUAUUUCGUUUCACCUUAUGAUCUCAUAUCACUGGAUACGAAGUCGGUGCAACCGCUAACUACCGAUUUAAUAACAAGCAAAGAUAUUGGCUUCAGUGUGACUGUGAACCUGGAGGCUUCGUCAGCGAAUAAAUUGCAAAUAUUGCCGAUUGUUAGCGUAACAAAUGAUCCACAAACCGGGAUUGAUGUACCAAUAUAUGCGCCAUUGAAUCAGCAAAAUUCCAUGCUCUUACCCGCCACAUUUGUGUUACGUCUAAACAAACCGCUACCUGUAUGCCAUGCCAAUUUGAGAGCUUUGGGUUUGCCGCUCGGUGUGGCAUCUGACGGCGCAACCGGCUUAGAAUCACCUGACAAAAAAGAAGUUGCCAUAUCAUCGAUUAUGAAUUUGGUAGUGCAAACCGCUUCCGAGCAACAAUUAAAGAACUCACAGAAGGGUCUCUUUGUAAAUUUGCCGGAUCAGACGCAUUGCUACUUCUUCACAGAGAAUAAACAAUUACAGGCUACCCUGGUUUCAUCCAUACCCUUUACGGAGCCUAUGCAAGUACCAAAAAUUUUGGAUUUUCUCAAGCGUCAGGCGCUUUUCUACACUCUUCUGGCAAGUUGUGUGCGUACACAGUCAAAAAUGGGUAACGACAUGGAAUCCACCACCAUACUCGAAGUGAACGCCAUUUCCUUUCAACAAAUCAGCGUUUCAUUGCAACAUACCUACGAGGAGACAAUGGCAACUCUGGAGUUCGAUUUACGUGACGGCAAUGUAAAGUGUGCACUCUACUCGCUAACACACAACUAUGAUCUGCUGUCGUUGAAACUUACAAAAGUUGUGGAAAAGUGUUUAUCCAUACCGGUGACCAUACGUGCGCUACUCAAGUUUUGGGAUCAAGAAACAAUGAGCAUGUUUCAGCGCACAAUCGGUGGUGGCGUUGGCGGUGGCAUGGGUGGUUUAGGUGGUACGGGCGCUUGUGGCAGCACUGGCAAUGCUGGUUAUGGAAAUUUUAGUAUGGUCAUGGGACCGAAUGAUUCGGGCGGUGGUGUUGGCGGUAGUGCUGGCAUGCGUGGUGGUGGCGUUAAAAUGGAACAAAAUGCACGACAACAACAACAACAAAUGUCGAAUAUGGCUUCUGCAACGACGUCAAUGAGUGGUGGUGGUGUCGGUGGCGUUGGCAUGAAUGCCGCUUGCAAUAGCGUUGCCGGCAUUGCAGGUUUUCUACAAUAUAAAAACGAAGUCAAGCAGGAGGAUUUUCAUGAUAGCCCAAAGAGUCAAAUGCAAAAUAAUUUAGCUUUCCAUGCUGCUGUUGAAAGCAGCUCUUUGGGCAGCGUACAUCAGCUACAGCAAACGCAGCAGCAACAACAACAACAACAACUACUACAACAACAAGCCGCAUCACCACAUGAGCAAAAUGCCGGCGGCAAGCAAACGGAAAUCGAAAUAGCCGAUAAGUACAAAAACAUCUGGAUGGAUAAAACAAAUUUAAAGAAUUGCGUCAGCAUAACACCCAUUUCGCCGGAUAGUAAUAGUAGAGGCGCUACCCAACAACAAGGCGUCGAUGUAAAACGCUCCGUCGGCAUAGAAAUUAUACCUUUGACGGCAGCGAACGGCGCCAAUGCUAGCGGCGCUACAGUCACAAUGCCCGGCGGCACGAAUGUGCCACAAACCGGCGUCAACACCUCAUCCACCAUCACUAUAACGCCCAUAAAUGCCGUAACCAAUACGGCUAUUAAUGCCAAUAAGGAUAAAAAAACGAGCGGCGGCACAGCGGUGGGUAGUGGUGGCUUAAAUGCCGGCCCGAAUAUGUCUGCGGUGGGUGGCAAGCGUCCAUUGGAUGUAACCUCAAGCAACGAUACGCAAAAGGAGAAGAAACGUAAAAAGAAGCGCGACGACUCACCUAUGGGUCCACCGGAAAAAGUGUAUUCCCGUCAAAAUUCGCCUGCUGCCACCAACGAGACAGCUGCCACAGUAGCGGCACGCAAAUUCUCCUCACCAUCCUCCUCACCAAAGGGUGGCAGCGGCAGCAACAUGCUAAGCGGCGCCAACACCGGCGCUGCCGGCAAUGCUGCGCUGCUUUCGACACGUCCCAGCCCGAAACAUUCGCCCGUCUAUAGCAGUCCGAAGCAUUCGAAUACCGCCUCGAAUAGUCCGAAGUCACCGUUCGGCACGCAUUCGCCAAAGCAUGGCUCUUCGGGCAAGCCGAGCAUGUCGACACUGAAGAGUGCCACAGCGACCAGUCUGAGUCCGAAAGGCGACAAAGCCGGUUGUGGCGGCGCAAGCAGUUUAGUUGGCAAUGCGGCGGCCGGUGUUGCCGCUGCAAAUGCUGUGAAAGCAGCUAUGGGUGUGGGUGUGGUUGGUGGCAUGCCACAAAUGAAGUCUAUCAAUCAUUUAACUGCACCAACAGCUAUGAAUACGGCUGCUGGUGGCUAUGGUGGCGUGGCCAAUAUGAGUGGCUCGGCUGGUGCUGGUGGCGUUGCUGUCGGUGUCGGUGUUGGCCAGUUGUUGAGUGGCAAUGGUGCAGGCGGCGGCAUGGAUAUGAAUGCAGCGGCUGUUGCGGCAUCACAAGUGGCUGCUAUGCGCAAAGUGGUGAGCGGCGCGGUUAGUUCGACGGCGUCAACGAUGUCAGUCGCGCCAACAACAGCAACAGCAACGCCAACGCUUCCGGGAGCGCCAGUGUCGGCGCCGCUGCAACACUCGCCGCCGGACAUUGGCAGCAGUGAGGUGAAGUGCGGUGGACGUGCCGAGUCAACACAGCAGUUCAACUCCACCGAAUACAUGGUGAAACCGAGCCAGGAGGGCUUGAAGCUGACCAUCAACAAAACGAGCGGUGCUGGCAAAUCCAGUAUUAGUAGCAACAAUGCCAACAGCAACAACGCCAAUAGCUGUAGCAGCAGCGCUAGUUUGGCUUCUACAAGCAAUACCACCACAACAGCUGGGAAGGGUUUGAAAUCGUGUAGCGCCACGGGUUCAACUAAGAAACAACAUACUGGACUCAAACCGGGCGUUAGCAGUGGACCGGCCUCUAAGAAGUUAGCGUCAGCCAAGUCACCGUCCAAGAAAAGUUCGACAUGCAAGCAUCCCUUUCAAAAAUCCAACUCAUCCGGUAGCUUGUCAACGAAAUCGACCAAUCCUACGGGUGGUCUGACCAAAAGCUACAGCACAAACACAUUUGGCGACCUGAGUGGUACGGGCGUCGCAGCAGCACGUAAGUCCGCCAAGAAAUCCGCCACGCCGUCGUCAACGUCGACGGCGAACGCGAGCGCCAAUGCAACCGCUACUUCUGCACCUGCUACACGCUUGGAUCACCAAGCGGAUAUGUUGAAAAUACUACAAUAUGCCUCACCGGCAAUGGCGGCCAACAUGGAGGGUUUCAUGAAGGGCUUCAAUAGUAAAUUUCAAAUACCGAAAUUAUCGCAACGCGCCGCCAACCUCUCGAAUGGCUCACAAUCGGCACCGACCACGCCGACUGCACUCUCGCCAGCUUUGAGUGGUGUUAACAGUACUGUGGGUGCAAAGGUUGAUAACCCUGCCAACGAAGCCCUACAAACGUUACAGCAUACGCAACAACAGCAACAACAACAGCAACAGCAACAAAAUGCUACCACAAUGCAACUGAACGCUAAUUAUCAUUUGGCACAGAAAAGCGAAGGCUUACAAAUGCAUUAUGCUAAUCAUCACCGUCAGCAGCAGCAGCAGCAACAACAACAACAACACUCGCAAAUGCAUAAUCAGCACGCUCAACACCAGGCAGCUUUAACAGCUGACUACCACCAUCAAGCGUCGGCCGUCGCUCACAGUCAACCACUGGACGAGUCGUCGUUUAUGCCGAACGCUGCUGCUGCGUCGUCGGCUGGAUACGGCGGAAAACAACCACUCACGCAAGAAUUAUUGAAACAUAUUUGUCUGGGAAAUUUUAAAGUGACAAAUAUCAUUUCGUUUGUUGAUAAUGCUCACACUUUAGCUAAAGGAUGAUAUUUUUAAUGACAUUUAAGCGAUACAAUUCACGUUUGCUUUAACUACUGCAAUUCUUACUUAACAUAUAUGAAGAUCUUUCCUAAAGAUUUCACGUGUCAGGUAACAAAAGACGUCUGGCUUCGUUUAUGCCUUACGUUUGGCGAAUCUCAACGUUUAAUCCCUUUCUCUUUGAUUUCAAUUUCUACAAAAGGGAUACAACCGGUACGCUUUAUUGUAACAUGUUUGAAUGUUGCGGCUAGAAAUAAAAUAUGCCUAAAAACAUGCAACAAUUGCAUGGUGACCUUCAGAAAUUACUGAAUAAAAUGACUAUAAAAACCAUCUCGAUCUGAAAAGUACUAGUUUUUGGACUAUGUUCAGUAAGAUGCAUCCUUGUGUAAAUUAUGUUCUUUUCCGGUUAAAGUAACGGUUAAGAAAGCAUUCAUCUGAAAUAUAUCCUGUUGCAGGCAGAACUUGAGUAUCGAUAUCAGAAGCGUUCCUCGAACAAAAAGCGUUAAAUACUUGUUUGCAAUUUCUGAAGCGUUCCUCGUUCAAAUAGACGCUUAUGAAAGGAAUUCUUCGGAAAAUUUAGCAGUUUAUGUCCUUUUAUUGGUCGAACACCAAUAAAUAUGUACAAUGAAUCCUUGAAAAUGUAUUUUCUUUCUUUUCUGUUUAAAGUAAUAUCUGUCACUAAAGUGACGUUUAAGAAAGUGUUCACCCAAUAAACCCAUUAAACAGCUGUUUUAAUAUAUAUUGUUGGUAUAUUCGCCAAUCAUUUUAAGUAAUAGUUUAGAUUUAGGACAAGUCGUGAUGUUAAAGAGAAUCUGUUUUGGAGAAACACGCUAGUACUUGCUUCCUUGUCUAAAUAAUAAUCUCUGACUAAGGCGACGUUUAACCCAAAAAACUUAUUACACGGCAACGGAUUAAGGUAGGGGCUGUAUAAAUUUAGGUGUUAUCGCCAGUAUCUCAUAAGGAUUAAUAGAAAUCCUUUGGGUGGUUUCGAGUCGUUAAAAACAAUCUUAUUUGAAGAGAAACACUACAUAGUUUUUACGGUAACUAACUUUAAUAAACCUUUUGAGAUAUCAUAGAGUUGGCUACGUUGUACAAGUCUUAACGAUAAUUUUGUCCAAUAUGAGUAGUUAUCGCAAGUUUGAUCUGAACAAAAAAUAUCAAAAACAAAGCGAUAUAUAUUGAAAAUUUUUAUUUUAUAUUUUUGAGCAGCCUUUUGAUAGAUGUAUUUAAAAAAAACGAUUUUUGUAUAUGCGAUAUGUAAAAUCGAUAAUUACAAUCGAUUAAUUGCUAACACUAAUGAUUUAUCGAUAUGGUGUAUAGUUAUUAUAUAUAACGGUAUAUCGAUAUAAUUAUCGAGUGACUUAAAGGGUUGAGUUUUAUAUUUUUGAGCAGCUCUCAUAUGUUCAAAAACUCGAUUUUUGUAUAUGUAAAAUCGAUAAUGACAAUCGAUUAAUUGCCAACACUAACGAUUUAUUGAAAUGGUGUAUAGUUAUUAUAUAUAACGGUAUAUGGUUAAAAGUAAUUAUUGAGAACAACUUAAAAAGUUGAGUUUUAUAUUUUUGAGCAGCUCUCAUCUAUUGAAAAACUCGAUUUUUGCAUAUUGCAUACAUUGUGUGAAAAUGUUGCAUAUGUUAUAACAAAAAUCAAUUAUCGAUAUAGUUAUCGAGAGUGUCUUAAAGAGUUGCGCUGGAACAGGCAGUUUUCGAUAUUAUUGAGUCUAUUUAGGCAUCGUUGAAAUUUGUAUCGAUAAUUUUGUCCGACUCUCAUAAUACUACUCAUAACACAAAACUAAUAAAUUAUAAUUUAUUUACGUUUUUGAACAGGUUUGUGUUUUAUCUAUUGAGAAAAUCGAUUUAUAUAUACAUAUAUGAAUUUGCAUUUUCUUUUUGUAUUGAAAAAUAUGUUGAUACUAAAAUAUCAACAUUAAAAUUGAUUAAUAAGCGAUCAAUAAUAUUAUUUGAAUGUAAGAGUGUCUUAAAGUGUUGCUUCUCAGCAGGCAAUAUUUAAUAUACUUAAUUUUAAUAACAGUAUUUUAUAAUAUAAAUGUAUGCCCACAAAAUAUUGAAAUGGAUGCGAAAAGUUUUAUGUGAGUAUAUGCUAGCAUACUUUUGGGCGUUUAUUUUAUACAUACAUAUGUGCAUGUAAGAAAUUUUUUUAACAAUUAAUAACACUCGAGUAGAAUUUUUCAUAUUUCCAAAAUGUUUGUAAAUUAUUGAAGAAUGCGCCUAAAAGUAUGUCAUCUGUAAAACAAAAUAAUAGUUUUCGAUUUUGGUCUUCAAAAAUUUCAAUUUGAAAAUAAAAGGCAGUAGAGUUUGUACCUCAAAAACAUCACAGAAAUUUAAUUUCACCAUUUAAUUAAAUUACAUUUUUUAAAUUUACGCUAACCAAUUUGACCAUUUAGUGUCAACUAGAUACAAAAAUAUUAUUAACAUAUAAAUAAUUAAAUACAAAUUAUAUUUAAAUAUUAAAAGUAAAAACUUCUUAUAAAAUUUGGACUGAAACGGCUGGGCUAGAAACAAAAUUGAGUACAAAAAUUAAAAGAAAAAUAUGAUUUUUGUAAAUCAUAUACCAAAACACACUUACAUAACUACAAAUACGCAUUUAGUUGCAAAAAAUUGUAAAACAUAAUUGAUACUAAGACUUUUGGAAUUAUAUGAAAUUGAAAAUAAUAUGCAUACGUUAUAUUACAGUCAAAAGAAGAAUCAUUGUUGAAAUAUUAGUUAAGCUCGAAAGCAAAUUAUUAACGGCAAUAACUGUAAAAAAGAAUAAAAUGAAUUGAGACAAAUUUUCAAAACUG